CGAAUAAUACAAUUGUUCCUUGCGGCCCACAUAAAAAAGAAUAUUGCGUCUCUUCUCUAUAUAAAGGUGGGCAAGCAUGACAUUAUUGUUUUCAAGUGAGACAGUUAGUUGCUUGGAGUUCACAGAAGAACGUGAUAUCAGCUCAAGGAGAAUAUAAUAUAAUACCCUAUAAUUAAAGAUGGCCAGCAUUAAGCAAUGUAAAGAGAUGAUAGUGAAGUUCAGUAACAAUGUUCAAGCUACCAUUAGUGUUAAGCUCAUCAACGGAGAUGGAGAAGAUCCAGCAGAUGUGUAUGGAAGAAUAGCAGGUCGCUUCGGCAUCGGUUCUGAGUUUGUAUUAUUCGAUAAGAGCCAAAGUCAACGUAUUGAGGUUAGGCCUGAGGAAUUCAUUCCCUUAGAAAGGGAUGAGGUGGUUGUGCCUGCAGAAGCAAGCGAACUCGAGAUUACAGCUCACUUGAUGGAUUAUGAUACUAUUUCUCCUGACGAUGAAAUUGCAAACGGUAAAGCUGUGUUUCUAGUCAAAUCUGCCGGCCAAAGCGAUAAAAAACCCAUUGCUGGACAGUAUGGCUCUAUUGAAGUCAAUAUGUUUGGGGUUGAACCUAAUUGUGAUGGUUCCCAAUUAAUCUCGGUGCAGUGUUACUAGCUAGCUAGUAUAACUAAAUAAAACAUGGGUUCUCAAUCCCUGCACUAGUUUUCACAUUUCCUAUGCGAUCAUGUACUAUUUAAAUAUAAUAAUAUGUUUUUGCUUCGACAA